CAUAGCGUAAGCGUAGCUUCAGGGCCGUGGGGCUUUCACCUCUGCUACUUCCUCCUUCUCGCUCUCUCUGAGCCUCUCCUCAAUUCUCAGAAGAGAAACAAAAAAAAAAAAAAUGAAUAGCGCCAUGAAAACGGCUCUCUUAAAUUCAAAGCUGAACUACUCCGUUUAUGUGAGGAGUGUCCUCUUUCACUCAACCACCGUUUUGGAUCGUAAAAGACGCAACAACUACUGGGAAUCACCCAGAAACGACAACUAUUCAAAAAGGUCCAGAAGGAUACAUGGAAAGCAAACAUUAUUGCGCAAUGUCAAUGAUUAUGCAAACUUCCUAUUUCAGAAAUGGCAAAAUCCCUAUGAUUUGAAUGAGCCAUCUUCUAGUAGAGGCACUUCAUGGUUUAAAAAGCAAUACUCAGCCAAGGGCCCCAAAAAGAAAUGGGGAGGCAAUCAAGGGGCCUCCAGCUGGGGCAGAAGAGGUUUCGACUUUUGUGAAGAUUAUGUAGAUUUAGAGACCAUUUUCCAGUCCAGGUUUGGUGGGAGUGGAUUCGUUUACUGGUCAUUCGUCAAUGAAGACGAUUCACAGCAGAGGAGCUCUUCAUAUUACUCUAAUCACUCUGGAAAAUCUUGGAGUUGGAGACAUCGUAAUGAAGAACGAUAUGAAUCUGAUUCUGACAAUUCCGAGUCAGAGGAGAGGUUGGCCCUUGGAUUGAGUGCUGCAGGCCCUCUGAAACUUGAAGAUGUCAAAAAUGCAUAUCGAACCUGUGCACUGAAAUGGCAUCCUGAUCGUCACCAGGGCUCUUCCAAGGCUGCUGCAGAGGAAAAGUUCAAGCAUUGCAGCACAGCUUAUCAAUCUUUAUGUGAUAAAUUGGCUAUGAACUGAGGAUUCUCCAACUCUGCUAGUUUUGUUAAACUGCAUAUGCUCUUAGUCAGGUAGAUAUAACUUAUCAUCACAUUUUAAUGAUGCUGUGGUAGUUCUUUUAGGCUUAAACCCCAGAUGCCCGGAUGACCUGAGGAGGUUGGUAGAUUUACCUUUAGGGUCCCCCAUAGGGAGAGUAACUGAAAUUCAUAGUGGAAUUUUUUAAUGAAAGAGCCAGAAAAGAGGGAUGUUUGUAUGGUGAAAGGGCAGCGGGUGCAAUAAUCCUCCUAUGGUGGCGCCGUGGCGGUACCAGGCGACCUUUCAUUGCUGGAAGUAAGAAGGCAUACUAUUUUAUUUUCUUGUUGUAACUAUUAUUGUACUUUUUCUUAUUUUUGACAGGGUAAUAAAGAUUUGUUUUUGAGAAAUUAACAAGAUAAUAUAUUUACCAAAUAAAGAGAGGUAGCAGUAUGGAAUUGGUGA